CAACACCGAGGGUCUGGCAUGACUCAGCUGCGCAGAGCUUUGCAGAGCUUUAGUGUUCCCCGCCAGCCUGUGAGAAGCUUAUUACGAAUCUCUAUCCAUCUACAUUCUGCGAUCAGAUUUGCUUGUACUCCUAUAUCCUGGCACUUUUGGCAUAGCUACUGGUCGACAUGCGCGGACAAACUCAGUGUCUUGGUUUGGAGUGCCUAGUUGAAGACAAAGUAUUCGUACACAAUGUCCCAUAUAUCCCCGCCACAAGAACCUGAGGAUCUAUCUGUCAUUGAGGAAGCUCAAGUUCUACUCUCCCACUUUAUGAGACAUUCCUCGCGAGAAACACAGGGAUCUUUAGCAGGGGACCGCAGCGAUCAGGAUUCCGCCCCAGGGGAAUGGACAGGCCCUGGGAAACCCCUUUGGACAAACGCUAGGAAGCAUGACGGGUUAAGUAGAACACCUAUUGAUUCUAGGUCGCCAUCAGCAGUUGAUGGGAAGCACCGCCUGAUAUCCAGCGCACCGCAAACUCCUGAUUCUUCGAGAUCCUCUGAACAGGGCAAGCGGAUUACUCUAUCACCACCUGGAGGUGGACAGAAGAUACCGGGUGCUCGACGCUCUGGACGUACAAGAACUGGACCAAGCAACUAUUACGAUAAGGCUAAUUACUUAGGUUUCGGUUCCGAUGAAGAAGUCUGUGAUAGUCACGCAAAGUCUUCUCCUACCACAUCCCGUCAAACUAGAUUUUCUAGCAAUACGCCCGCAUCAAAGCCCUCGUCUUGGGUAAAUGAUCGCAAUGAGAAAUCUCGUGUCAUUUAUUCCUCGUCCCGUGUGCGGAUCGUGAAGUCACCAUUCGUGUCUCUGGACGAUUUGGGAAUCUUGGGGCGUGCAUGUUAUUCUUCGGCACGUAGCCCAGCGGAGUACGCCAAAAAGUAUCAGGGCAGACCAGCAUCAUCAGACGAUAUUCUUCAUGUUGAUUUCGACCAAGCGGAAAUGGCGGCUGUCUUGGAAUUGAUCUCUUUUUUGGGGUUUCGGCUGCCUGAGAGCUUGGACAUGGCUCUUUCGGAUCAGAUCAUCCAGACUGUUUGUAUCUACGAGACUCCACGAGAAAUCUCGAAGAAGAUUUGGCGCAUGUGCGAGCUUGCACAGAUCUUAUCAGAUGAUCAGGUUGAAGGGCCUGAUGAUAUUUACACCUGGCUCUCGAGAUCGAUCAAGCCAGACCAGAAAGACAAGAAUAAGCGGCAGGCUAGACGCCUAGUUAGAAAGACGUUAGGGAUGAGCAAGAGCAAUUGCCAUGAUGAUGGACAGCUUUGUUCUGACGAACGGCUCCGGAGAUUGUCAUGGUUUUUGCCAUCCGCCAUGAUACUUAGUCGGCGCGAGUCUGAUGAUAUAGAUGCCUUUAUUGAAGAUGCAAAGAAAGGCGGCCUUGCUUCCUGUUCUUGUGUCAUCAAAGCUACUGCGUCAGGCGGUGGAUCUGUUGAGAAAACCAGGUCAUUGAACAGAAUCUUGCAGCGCCGUGAGUUAGGAAUUUGCAUAAAGCAGCAGCUUUGUUCGACCAUUAUCAAAGACUUCAAGCUUGCAAAAUCUUGGAAAGGUGCCUCAAAUGAUGUGAUUGUCUUGGCUUGGGCACCAGAUGGGACGAAAUUUGCAGCAGGUGCAGCAGCUCAAUGCGACGAGCAUAAUAUGGAAUACAAUCGGAAUAACAACUUGAUUAUGGGCGAUAUGGUCAACAAUCGUCUGACGGAAUUGCCUGAUCAUUGGAUCUCUCGCCCCUCGAGCAGGACUGCGGCAAGUCGGACUGUGCAUGAUGACCGCCUCUGGAUGAGCGUUACAUCAAUCGAGUGGUGGGAGGAUGCUCUCUUUACUGCGAGCUACGAUAACACUGUGAAGAUGUGGCAUACUUCUAAUCAUAACGCUUCGUGUUUUAAAACGCUGCGGCAUGACUCCAAGGUGGAAGUUAUGGCUCGGUCGAACUUUGAAAGGAACUUACUAGCAACUGGGACGCGUUCAAUAGGGAUAUGGAGAAUAGCGGACACAACUUACGUCCCCCUUGAACUGCCUAGGGCGCGAUCUAGAAAGGACAGGGAACUAGUGCCCACCUCUUUAGCGUGGGGAGCCAUCAAGGAGACUGGAAAUAUUCUACUUGCCGGGAUGUGUGAAAAGGACGAAGCCAUGCCACAGACUGGACUGUUGGCGGGGUGGUAUAUAGGCGAGGCAUCAAUAACGCCGAUGCAAUUCUCCCCUAAUUCCCAGAAUAUGUUUGACAUCAAGUGGCAUCCUACCUUGCCGAUAUUUGCAGCAGCAACAUCGGUGGGUCAGGGUCCGGCCAACAGGAAUUCCAAGGAGACCAGAUCCUUAGUCCGUCUGUAUCAACCCUUAUCAUCGAAAACUUCCACCAUGGAGUUUGAGUGCCCGGCACUAGAUAUCAACGAAGUCAACGUUUGUCCCACGAACCCGAACUACGUGACUGCCAGUUGCACUGAUGGAGUUACCUAUGUUUGGGACCAUCGACGUCCGGACCAGAUCCUUCACAAGCUCCGACAUGGAGAUCCUUUGAACCAGGUAGACGAGACGAUCAGCAGGGAGCAGGCAGAUGUUGGUGUGAGAUUAGCCCUAUGGGGCGAUAGAAUCGAUGAGUUCUAUACCGGAGCCUCUGACGGCGUGUUAAAGAGAUGGGAUAUCCUUCGAGCCCCAGGAGAUGUGCUCCUCCAGGAUACGGCCAAAUUCAAGGAGGAAAUAAUGUGCGGUGCCUUCUCAAAGGACAAGUCCAAUCUUUUGAUUGGUGAUGCUGCCGGGGGGGUCCAUCUUCUAUCCCCUGGACCAUUUUCUAGUGCCGAGGGCCUGUCUAUGGAAUUCAAGCCUGCAUCUCAACCUCAACUACGAUUCCCUCACGAUGAGUAUGGUUCUGAUCCCGGGUCAGGUAUCAGAACAGGUGCCGAACUACUGUCUUCUGGAAAGCUCGCCAGGCAUCCAAUCUACGGUGUCGGACAAGGUCCGCGCUAUGAUGGUCCCUUUGCAGCCUGGGCCCGUCCGGAGAACACUCCUCAAGAUGAGAUCGCGCAAACCCGGCUGAAACAAGAGAUACAGCUACGACAGCUUUAUGGUGUUCGCCCAGAAUGCAGGAUCGGGUUAGAUACGGUGUCCCGGGAAGAUGUUAAGGCACAGAUCAAGCUUGCACAUAUUCGGAACCAGCAGCGGUAUCAUAACAAGAGAGCACGUGAGGAGCUUGCAAAUCCUGCCCAUACCAGGACAAGCUUCAUUGAUUUAGUCGAAGACAGGCACGAUCCGUCACCAAGCUUUUCUCAUAGACCUAAGCGCAGGAUGGACGAUGUUCCUUCAGCAUCGGGGGUCGAAGUCAUUGAUUUGACUGGGGACACUGACACGGAGGAAACCCCCAGUUUCAAGGCUGAUAUCCAUCUCAUCGAAUUCAAAGCCGCCGUCCAAGAAGUAGAAGAAGAACUUGAGGAAGACUUCUGGUGGCCGUCCAGUGGCACAAUCGAUGCAAACAUCCAAGAUAUCGACGGGAUUUAGUUGUGUCGCAUAAAUGAUGUCAACAGCCCGCCGCUGGCCAAUAACAUCAUGUGGCUGAGCAGCGGCACGGGGCAUUGCUGGGCACUGUUCACCAACCUCG